AAGAGGCGGCCCCGGAAGGGCGGGCGGCAACAUGGCGGCGGCGGCGGCGCUGCGGGGCGGCCGGGCGGUGCGGUGCUGGCGGCUGCCGGGCGCGGGGCUGGGGAGGCCGCCGGUUCCCGCUCGCCGCCCGCUCUCCCGCCUCCCGCCAGGCGGCGGCCCCCGGCCAGGCGCGCAGAGGAGGCUGGUGUCGUGGCGGUCGCUGGCGGCCACCGCCGUGCUGUGCGGGGGGCUGCUGGCCGCCAUGAAGAAGGCGAAGCGGUGGAAGGAGGAGGCGCUGGAGAAGGAACGAAACCGAGGCAUUGGGAAACCGCUGCUAGGAGGGCCCUUCUCGCUCGUCAGCCACGAGGGGCAGCCCAGGAGCAGCAAGGACUACAUUGGCCAGUGGGUGCUGAUCUACUUUGGCUUCACACACUGCCCUGACAUCUGUCCUGAUGAACUGGAGAAAAUGAUUGAAGUGGUAGAUGAAAUUGAUAGAAUUCCAUCUUUGCCUAAUCUGACUCCACUCUUCAUCACUAUUGAUCCUGAGAGGGACAACGAAGAAGCCAUUGCCAGAUAUGUUAAAGAAUUUUCUCCAAAGCUGAUCGGAUUGACUGGUACCAGGGCACAGAUUGACCAAGUGGCCAAAGCUUACCGUGUGUAUUACAGCGAAGGUCCCAAAGAUGAAGACAGUGAUUACAUAGUGGAUCACACAAUAAUAAUGUACCUCCUUGGGCCAGAUGGUGACUUUGUGGACUAUUAUGGCCAGAAUAAGAGGAGCGCUGAGAUUUCUGCUUCUAUUGCUGCACACAUGAGAAAAUACAGAUCCUAAAACACAACGUCUUUGAAGGUUGAUGUGAACGUCACCUGUAGGUUUGGCUGUAAUUUGGGCAUUGGAGUUAAAGCAGAAGCAUACAAGUGUAACAUCCUGUCACCACGUGCCUCCUUUCUUCCAAAGGAGGAAGGCAACCAUACUUCCGCAAAAUACCAUUAUAAAAAAAUGUCUAUAGAGCCUUCGCUGUGGAUAUUAUUUGCAGCAAGAUCUAGGCUACAGGAUAAAGUCUGGGACUUCCCUGAGACAUUGUUGGGAGCAAAAAAUGGAAAACACUUUUCAUUUGGGAAGAAUGUGUGUAUAACUGGUAAAAUUAAUUGGUGUCUUGUAGCAAGACGUCAGCAAAGGAUGGUCACUGCAGGAGGGUGGUUACUUGAUGGAAAGCGAUGUGGCCCAUGAGAUGCUCAGAGGACCCCUGCCCUCUCUUUUAUUGCACUGUUUUGCCUUCUGGGAGAGGCAGUUACAAUGUUGUAAGCAGGAGAGCCUUAGGAAUCCUUAAGAAGGUGAAGAGCACUGAAAACAGCAGCUUCUACAUAUGGGACCAGCCCUGUAGUGUGCCUGAUCUUUUCUUCAUUUGAAUGCAAAAACGUGUUUUUCUUGAUGAUUUUUCCAGGUGAACGCUGUUAACUUGUAAGGAAAUUAGUAAUAGGUUUUAAAUAGAUAUUUUUUUUUCUGGUCUAAAUUAUUUUAUGCAUAGUUGGCCUGAUUAUGCUACGCUGGAUAGUGGAGAGGAUGAAGAUGGUCUGUGCCCAUGCAUAGGGCUGUCAAUCAGAUAAAUUUUAUGCAGUGCAGCCUCCUGGGACUGAGACCUCCUUUGUGUUUGGGGUCUCUUCACAGGGGAGCAUGUGUGAAAAGCAUGGCAGUUGCCUUGAGUCUUCCCCUAAGUCACUGUGCUAGUGGUGUUUUGUAUAUUAUGGAAGCGCAGAAGGGGCACAUACACGCUCUGCAGCAGGAGAUGGUUUAAAGGGAGUGAGUUUAACUGAUGUAGAGAAGUGUCAUGGGAGGGGCUAGGCAGAUGAGCUGCUUGGCACAGUGGUCUUUGGUAGGUUCACAGUAGGAAGGAUACAGAGAAAAAUCGACUCCUGUUCCUGAAGGAUUGCUGGAUAACGGGAAAUUGCCAUUAAACACCUAUUGCUUACCUCUCAUAUUUGUGCAACAAAAGAUGUCUCUGUAAUGAAGUCAGUCAUACCACAAGAUGCUCCCCUUUUUCCAUUGUGUAACUCCACGUUACCUCUGAUGCAUUUUUACGUGUCUUUGAUACAUGGUCUAUGGACAAAACUGGUUUUCAUGGGUGA